AUGAAUACCGAAUCAGACAAAGAUCGAUUCUUGAAGGAGUUUGGGGACGAUUAUGGUUAUCCAAAGGCUCCUAAGAACAUCGAUGAAAUAAGAGCCACCGAAUUUAAAAGAUUGGAUGGUACGGUGUACUUGGAUCAUGCUGGGGCAUCUUUGUACUCUGAGUUGCAGAUGGAAGCGAUUCUUAAAGAUCUUACAACUAAUGUUUACGGAAAUCCUCAUAGCCAAACUGAUUCCAGCUUGGCCACAAGCAAUAUUGUAGGGGAAGCUCGCCAACAGGUCCUUAAUUUUUGUAAUGCAUCUCCGUGGGAGUACAAAUGCAUUUUUACUUCUGGGGCAACAGCGGCAUUAAAACUUGUUGGAGAGACCUUUCCUUGGAGCAGUCAGAGCAGUUUUAUGUAUACAAUGGAGAAUCACAACAGUGUCCUUGGGAUCAGAGAAUAUGCACUCAGUCAAGGGGCUGCAGCCAUUGCAGUGGAUAUUGAAGAGGCUGCACAUGAUAGUGGAUCAACAAACCCUGCAUCUUCGCAUAAGGUUUUACAGCACCAAAUGCAAAGGAGAAGUGAAGCUAGAGUAGUGGACGAAGAGCUUAUUGGGGAUGCUUACAACUUAUUUGCCUUUCCUUCAGAGUGCAAUUUCUCAGGUGUGAGAUUCAACCUCGAUCUGGUGAAGGUUAUUAAGCAAGAUUCAGAGAGAAUUUUGGAAGGCUCGUCAUAUUGCAAGGGGUGCUGGAUGGUUCUGAUUGAUGCUGCAAAAGGAUCUGCAACAGAACCACCAGAUUUAUCGAAGUACAAAGCAGAUUUUGUUGUAAUCUCUUUUUAUAAGCUAUUUGGCUAUCCAACCGGACUUGGAGCCCUCAUUGUUCGAAAUGAAGCUGCCAAGUUACUGAAGAAAACUUACUUUAGUGGAGGCACUGUGGCUGCAUCCAUAGCUGAUAUUGACUUUGUAAAACAAAGAGAAGGUGCUGAGGAACUUUUUGAGGAUGGCACCCUAUCAUUCUUGAGCAUAGCAUCUAUUCACCAUGGGUUUAAAAUACUCAAUACAUUAACCAUAUCUGCAAUAUCCCGGCAUACAGCAUCACUUGCAACAUAUGUGAGGAGUAUGCUUUCAUCGUUAACUUAUGAAAAUGGGGACAGCAUCUGCACACUUUAUGGAGUACCGAAGUCAAAGCUGUUAUGUAAGGAAAUGGGUCCAAUAGUUUCAUUCAACUUGACAAGACCAGAUGGGUCUUGGUUUGGCUACCGUGAGGUGGAAAAGUUGGCUUCUUUAUCUGGGAUUCAGUUACGGACAGGAUGCUUCUGCAAUCCUGGUGCAUGUGCAAAGUAUCUUCGUUUGUCUCACGGGGAUCUUCUUUCCAACAUUGAGGCUGGGCAUAUUUGCUGGGAUGAUAAUGAUAUAUUACAUGGAAAACCUACCGGAGCUGUUAGAGUAUCCUUUGGUUAUAUGUCAACCUUUGAAGAAGCAAGGAAAUUUCUGAAUUUCAUAGAGAGAUCCUUUGUGUUAUCACUUUCUCAUUCUCCUUUGAGAACAAAGUACAUACACCUUCCGACUGAAGGUUUUGAAAGGGCACCUUCAAGAUACUAUCUUAGGUCAAUUACAGUCUAUCCAAUAAAGUCGUGUGCUGGAUUCAAAGUGGACAGUUGGCCUUUAAGCAGUACUGGUAGCCAUUUGGCUGCUAUACGAUCGAGAAUGGCUUCUCAAAAGUAUGAGUGGUGA